AUGUCAAAGCAACGAGCCGCUUCUUCGGCUAAUCUCGAAACACGAACGGAGCAUCGGUGUUGUGCAGCCUGCGGCGAACCAAUAUCCGACAGGUUCCUGCUGGAGGUCGGCGGAGGCGCCUGGCACGGCUCCUGCCUCCGCUGCUGCGUCUGCAGGUCGCAGUUGGACCGGCAGCCUUCCUGCUUCUUGAGGGAGCGGCAGGUCUAUUGCAAGGCUGAUUACACGAAGAGUUUCGGCGCAAAAUGCGCGAAAUGCUGCAGGGUCAUAUCUGCCUCCGAUUGGGUCCGAAGGGCUCGUGAGUUAGUUUUCCACCUAGCCUGCUUCGCCUGCGACGCCUGUGGUAGGCAGCUGUCUACCGGGGAGCAGUUCGCUCUUCAUGAGGAGAGAGUACUCUGUAAAGCCCAUUACUUGGAGACACUGGACGGAGGAGCGACUUCCAGCGAUGACGGAUGCGAUCCCGACGGUUACCACAAGAACAAGGCGAAGCGCGUCCGCACCACUUUCACGGAGGAGCAGUUGCAGGUGCUGCAGGCAAAUUUCCAGCUGGACAGCAAUCCCGACGGGCAGGACCUGGAAAGGAUAGCUCACGUGACUGGCCUGAGCAAAAGGGUGACACAGGUGUGGUUCCAAAACAGCAGAGCGAGGCAAAAGAAACACCAGCAGCCGACGAAAGGAAAACUGCAUGUGACCAGAGAUUCCGAGUUCAGCAGACACAUAAACCUCCAGCUAACCUAUUCGUUCCAGAAUAAAAUUAUAUUUGUUUCAGAUUCUUCAAUGGACGAAUUGUCCGAGGACUCAUCCUUGCACUGCAUGCAAAAUGAGGCAUAA